AUGGCUACACUUCAAGGCCUUCCUCUCCAAGACUUACCAGAGCUGGUCCGAGACUCACAUCUCGAGGCAACGUUCUACCCAAGCGCCGAUAUACACAAUGAAACGACGCACCUGAAAUACCAGGGAAGACGGAGGCCCCAACAGGAGAGAUGGAUACGCCAGAAGAUGCUCGGCCACGGAGGAUUCGGCAUUGUCUGGCUGGAGAAGAGAGAGCCCGAGAGCCCAGCGGCCUACAACUUUCGGGCGGUGAAACAACUCGUUAGGUCAAAACCGCACGAUUGUGUGAGGGAGCUGGAAGCCUUGGCCAAAUUCUCGCAGGCGAAGUACUCCGAGUUCUUUGUCAAGUCGUAUGGUUGGUUCCAAGGUCCUUCUGCGCUAUUCUUGGCCAUGGAGUAUUGCGAAUUAGGAGACUUGAAGGACCACGUCGAGGAACAUGGCAAACUUGCCGAGGAUCAAGUGCAGGACAUCGGAUGGCAGAUUCUUCAGGGGUUACGGUUCAUGCAUAACAAUGACUUUGCGCACCGCGAUUUGAAGCCCGCUAACAUUCUGAUUAAAAGCAAGCCUCCAUAUGGUGACUGGCAUGUCAAGAUUUGUGAUCUUGGGCUCAGUAAACGAAUUGGGACCGACGCCGACACUACAACUGCUCAAGGGACACCUGGGUUUAUGCCUCCCGAGUUGGUCCCUAGCAUUGGGGAUAACCCUAGGCUUAUUGACCCUUUCCCAGCUGACAUGUGGUGCUUGGGCGAAACCAUCUUUUACCUGCUCACGAGCAAACGGACGUUUGGCGGCGACCUCAUUCAACUACGACGGUAUUGGAAGGGAAAGCCAUUCCCCAAGGAGCCUCUGUUGCAUGUGCGGGCCAGCGAUGUUGCUAUCGGCUUCGUCCAAGAACUAAUGGCUCCUCUUCCAGCCCAGAGGCUUACUGCUGAGUUGGCUGACCAGCAUGAGUUGAUGAAGCCGGAGCCUUUCCAGGAGGUAGACCAGGAAACGAGAGAAACUCCUGAGGGAAAGGAAGAUCCAUCAACAAUGAUUCCCGAAGACCCGGCAUCUGGCCGUUGGACUACGGGGACCUCUCACCAGCAAAGCAUGGGGGUUCCAUCAGGCUCACAGAGCUCGAAAAUAGUUGAAGAAGUCCUGCCGGCUCAGAUUCCUAGAAGCCACAGGAACAAUGAUACCGGACCACCAUCUUCAGUACAAGGACCAGAGCGCGGGACCAACACCUCGACUCAGAAAGAUGGCGAUGAAAUUUUACUAUCGGAUCAAUCCGAGCUCGAGGUACAGGCCCGUUCCGAAGUACCCGUUGCCGUUCAUCGUGAAGCCACGGGCUACGAGCCACAAGACGCUCUCGGAAGCAGUAGCGGACCCGAACCCCGGCCUUCCAAUAUGCGGGAUAGAUUUAGCUUUGUCAUUGAAGGUCCGAAGGGUAUCAAUCUCUCGAGCCAUGAACCUCGGCGGCCUUCUUCUGCGCCAGGUGAGCGGGUUUUCUCUGAAACAGUCCCUGGCUACAAUGCCUGCGAGGAUGCCCGCGAGGAUGCCCGCGAGGAUGCCCGCGAGGAUGCCCUCUGA